AUGCUUCGUCCUCUCUUCCCCUCUCCUUUCUUCCGGUAUAGUGCCGCAUUUCGGAGAUCGUUCACGACGCGGCGGGCGGACCUUACAGACGAUGACUUGACUGCAGCUAGAGAAUGGCUCUCCAAGUUCAACUCCACAUCGGUCCCUCGCCACAUCGGGGAGAUCUCGUUUAGCCGUUCUGGCGGCCCUGGUGGUCAGAACGUAAACAAGGUGAAUUCCAAGGCCACGCUGAAAGUUCCUCUUGACUCCUUGUUGCCUUUGGUGCCGCCCAUCAUACUUUCUCCACUUCGGUCUUCCCGGUAUUACGCUGCCAGGACACAUAGCCUUGUCAUACAAUCGGAAGAGUCCCGAAAGCAGUCGGCUAACGUGGAUGCGUGCUACGAGAAGCUCCACCAACUCCUGAUGACGACCACAAAGGAUAUAGUUCCUGGUGAGACCUCCCUGGAGCAAAGGGAGCGUGUCAAGAAAUUGGAAAAGGCAGGGAAGGAGGCUAGAAUUAAGGCUAAGAAAAUGCAGAGCAGCAAAAAGAGUAGUCGACGAGGGAGUCGUGACGACUGA